CAGCUGCUGCUGCUCUCUCUCUCUCUCGUUUUAAACCCCCCUCCGCUUGAAGAGAAGACCCAAAAAAAAAUGCCAGAAUAAAACGGCAGCAAAUCUUCGUCUGCAGCGCUCGAAUCACCGCUCCAAAUGGACCCGCAGUACAACCCCCGGACGGUGGAGGAGGUGUUCCGGGACUUCAAGGGCCGCCGCGCCGGCAUAAUCCGCGCGCUCACCACAGAUGUGGAGGAUUUCUUCCAGCAAUGCGACCCGGAAAAGGAAAACUUGUGCCUCUAUGGGUUUCCCAAUGAGAAUUGGGAAGUAAAUUUGCCUGCAGAGGAGGUGCCACCUGAGCUCCCAGAGCCUGCAUUGGGCAUCAACUUUGCACGAGACGGAAUGCAGGACAAAGAUUGGUUGUCCAUGGUUGCUGUACACAGUGAUGCAUGGUUACUUUCUGUUGCAUUUUACUUUGGUGCUCGAUUUGGUUUUGAUAAAAAUGACAGGAAGCGCCUGUUUGGUAUGAUCAAUGAACUUCCCACGACUUUAGAAGUUGUUAGUGGGAAGAGUAAAACCAAGGCACCAAGCAAUAAUUACCACAACAAUAACAAAUCCAAGUCCAACAACAAAACGAAAUCAUCCGAGCCAAAGGUGAAGCAGCCAAAGCCGCCGCCCCAGGUGAAGGAAGAAGACCCCGCCCCCGCUGAUGAAGGCUCGGCCGAGGAGGAAGACGGCAGCUGUGGCGGCAGCGAGGGGGAGCACGGAGAGACCCUCUGCGGCGCGUGCGGGGAGAGCUACGGCCCCGACGAGUUCUGGAUCUGCUGCGACAUCUGCGAGAAGUGGUUCCACGGCAAGUGCGUCAAGAUCACGGCCGCCAAGGCCGAGCACAUCAAGCAGUACAAAUGCCCGUCCUGCAGCGGCGGCGGCGGCGGCGGCAACAGCAAGCGAGCCCGCCUGUCCUAAGGUGGCCGGCGUGCUGGUUGGCAAAGCUGUUGCUGUAGUUGCAAUGGCUGUGACUGUAAACUUGUCGAAAGUAGUUGAGCCAUUUUGGCUAGGCUGCUUGUAAACAAUGUAACUCUACUUGGCGUGAAGAGGUUUCGUGUUUAGCUGGAUUUUCACAAGGAAUUCAUUUGGCAUUUGCUCUGUUCA